AUGAUCGAACAAAAAGAAAUAUGCGUACUAACAACAUUAUUACUCCACUCCCUAGGAAAGGAUGUAACAGAAAACAAAAUCAAGGAGGUAGGAAACUACCUGGGCGUCAACAUAGACUCGUACCUUGCAGAGCUGUUCAGCAAGCUGUCCAGCGAGCAGAUCCAGAGCAUCAUUGAGAACCCAAUCGGCGGAUCUGUGCAGGCAGCAUCCGGCUCUGCUGCACAGGCAGUGGAAGAGAAGAAAGAAGAAGUAGAAGAGUCAGAAGAAGAAAGCUCAGGAGCUGACCUAGACUUAUUCGGUUAA